AAAGUUGUCUCCGCGUCGCUCCGUCGUAAUUAGUUGAUUUUAUAGAGAUAAUUAUUCGUUUGUCGAAAAUAAUUGCUCGAAUCAGUUUCUAUAUCGAACGCGGAACGCGAAUCAGUCAAAGUUUUCGUUCGGGAAAGUGUAUCACGAACGUUCUCUUGUAAAAUCUCGACCGUCUUGGGAAUCGCCGUGCCGGGAACGCGAUGCGCGCUAGAUCUAUUUGAUUAUUUACAUAAAAACUUGUUAAAUUACGAAAAUAAGUACGUGUCGUGGCCUAAAAGUACGGGCUUUACGGGGAUUGAACCAAGAGCAGACCGUUUAAGUAGCUUCCAAUUCGUUUUCUGCCAAUACUUGAAAAUUAGUGAAGGCACGCGUACUUUUCUGGAAAGGGGGAACGACAAAAUGGCGGCGGCAGUUGCGCGGGAAGUUCGGAAGGACUCUGACGUCACAGGCAUCACGAGGAACGAUGGCCAUCUACUAACAGGCGAGCUGAUGGAUGCUUUGACGGGAUCGGACACGCUGAUCGGUGUUUCCUUCCAACACCGACUAAUGGCACCCCAUCUCGGCCAAUUCAUCAGAUUUGCAAGGACUUCCUGUGUGCUUCGACGAGGACGACACGAGCCAAUGACCAGACAUACGCACCCCUUGUCCCGUCGUCGCGACGCUAUGCAGCAUCGAAACAUCUUGAUAGGAUGUCAAGUCAAUUGGAGGAUAGAAAUGAUCGCGGGAAACGAGGCUGUCGAAUCACCGAUGAAUCGAAAAGGAGGAGGAACGUCCGCAUCGUGGGGUGAGUACUUGAAUCGCUCCUAUUUUCUUCGUUCAUCGUUCUUUUCAACUUUAAUCAUGCUUAAUCCGCGUCAUAAAUAACCCGCACGGUGUAAAUAGCUCGGAAAUGUCAAUCUAAAAAUUGGAAGGGUUCGUGAAUAGCUGGUGUGUUUCGACGAAAGAAAAGCCAAUAGCUUGUUGGCUGGUCAAUUCUGAUGGGAACGAUGGAUCGGUUUAAUCGCUCGUUCUCGCCUUUGUUUCAUUCAGAACUAGUUAAUUCUGCACAUUGUUACUCCAUUAUGUUUACGAUUGAACCUUUGAAAGAAUCAGCCUCGCCCAUACGGGGUUCGUGGCGAGAAAAGGGGGAGGUCUUGGUUGGACGGAGGGUGGCGGAACUCUCGACA